AUGAGCACCUCCGGAAAUGCCAGUGCCGGACCCUGCACAUCCCUGCUGCCCAGGCCCAUUCUCACUCAGCCUCAACAUGCGCUGUACCGCACCGUGGCAAAGCCCUGGUUCUUGCUCGGUCGACCAGCCGCAGACUUUGAGGACAUUCCCUUGUUCUCCAAGCUCAUGUUGUCUGGAGAUGUGGAGAGCAGUCAGGAGGCACGUCUGUGGUACCUCCGGGUCCUUCGACGAGGUCUGGCUGUGAAGUCAGGAGCAUUCACGGCAGCCGACAAGCUGUCGAGGCAGGCCAUGGCAAGGCGAAAUGUCCUGCCCUGGAUCAUGAGCUUCGCUGGAUCCAAAGAGCUGGGAAGUCUCCCAGUCUUUCUGGAGGCCGCUGGGUGUGUGGAGGCUGCUUUGCAGGCGCCGGUGGUCUCGGCUGAAGGGGCGGCGCUCAAACUUUCGGUCGCAGAGUGGGCUACUGCUCAGGCCGCACGGGCACCACAGCGCGGCAACCGAAACCAUGCCCAGCAGGUUUUGCGUGCGGUGGGUCGCAUUGUCUCUGCACUCCUUCGCAUCCCAGGCGAUGAUCCUGCGCGAAGCCGCGUGCUCACCUCCAGCCACACGCAGCUUCUGGCAAUAGGCCGGGCGGUCCAAAGCUGUGCCGCGGCCUGGGUUCGGUUGCAGGAGCCAACUUCCGUGGAGGGGGCUGCUGAGGAGGAGGUGCCUGCCUCCGAAGCUGCCACGCAAGUUCCCGUGGCCUUGCUGUGGGAGCAGGUAUGCAUACUGGCUCGCCUGGCCACGGAGAAGCGCAAGGCCGCCGGCAAUGUAUCCGAUGAGCCCGAGGCCAAGAGACCGCGUAACGCCGAGGACAUGUCACUCGCAGCGCAGCUGGACUCUGUCCUUUGGCUUGUGGCCCAGCUGGAAGAGGGCUUCCAGGCGGUCGCACUUCCCAGAGCCAGCGAGUGCUUGCUGGCAGUGUCGCUGCGGCGGCGAGAGCCGAGUGGUUCCCUGCAGGAGCUGCUUUUGAUCACCUUCACAUUCGUGCAGGUCUCGCCGCUGAGUCCUUUAGUCCACGAGCUUUUCGGGCAGCUCGUCCGUUACCUGCUCGCGCAAGGCGAACAUGGACGACACAACCUCCACGUUCAAGAGGAGGCCAUCACGUCCGCUUUUCAAGUUCUCAUGGCCAUGUCCAACAAGGACUUGGCCCUCUCCAGUGAGGCCAAAGAAAGCCUUCGGAGAUUGGUUUGCACCUUCUUAUCUUUGCCGCACAGUGUGGAUUUUGCAGGGCGCCUUCAUUUACUGGCGAAUGCAAUCCUGUUGGCGCUUCAACCACCGGACUCCAGGCUGCAGAGGCUCCUCGAGCAGCUGCCAUCUCCGGAGGCGGCACUCUCGCGAGGAGCUGCGAAAGACUCUGGGCCGCUGCUGAUAGACCUGUUGAAAGAGCAGCUUUUUCAAAGCACUGAGCCCCCGAAUGAGAAGAAGCGCAGGACAAAAGAUGCUCGAAUCGGUCAAGGGCCAUUCGACGUGCGAGUUUGA